CGUAAAUGCGCAGGGUCUCAGACGCGUCUAGGUGUUCCAUUACAUGAAUAAGAGGCCUAUAAUACAAAAUAAAGUUUGAUGGUGCGACGCAGGGUAAUGUAACAAUACAGAGAAGAAGGACGCUGCGGGAAUGCAGCAAGAGGAAAAGCGUGCUGAGGAAAUUUUCUGCAUCCGUGGAUGAGAGCGCGUUCCCGUGUGCGACGGCGGCGCUCGCACGUUCGCGCGCAAACGUUGUGCAGGGCAAUUGAUGGGAAGUUCUUGGUCAGAUAACGGCGGUGUUGCUGAUGGUCCCGAGAGGAGCAACGGAAGAUACGAUUCGAAAGAGCUGCACGGCAUCGAUAGGAGGGCAACAUCCGCAGGCAAUUGGGAAUAGAGCUGUGUAUGGGCUAAGCUUCGUGGGAUACGCAGAAGGGGGGAGUUGAUAGGGGUCUUGAUGGGGGGAAGAAACGUUUGGGAAGGAACGAGGAACGGGGGACAGAUGGGAACACACUGGCCCAGUCGGUCGGCUGUUGUUGGUGGAUGCGAGACAGCCCACGGGAAGAUGCUGGCGAGGCCGCGGCUGUAUGCAUAGACGCGGGGAACGUGCGGAGCACGCUGUCGGAGCGAUAAUCAAUGAGGGCUGUCUUACCGAGGCGGGGGCGGGGAAGGGAGUCGAGGGUGCGUGGAGGAACGGAAGACGCGCGAGGGACGUUGGGCGCGAGUGGCGGGCAUGCCAGGUUUGGAAAGUGAAACUGCUGAUGGCGGGAUGACAUCAUCUGUAUUAUUUUGAGUUGAUAACCGCGCUUGGGAGUGGAGUGGGCCUCGGCCGUGUGAGAGGGCCAAGCGGGUGAGGUUUGCUUCGCUCGUCUCCCUUUUCUCCUCUCUCUAAGGGAGACUUUUGAACACCUCUUCUCCACCGCCUGUACUUCGAACACCACACACUCUCAAACGCCGCCUCCGACGACUCGCGGGGCGUUUGGAAGGCUCAAGGUUGCAUCGCCAACACUGCAAGCCGCAUUGCGCGAAUCCCACCCAUCCAUCCUUAUAGGAAGCCGAUACCGGCCGUUGCGGCCAACGCACCAGUAUCUUCGACCCCCUUCCCUCGGAGCGAUUCGCCAUUCCAUCGGCUGCCACGAAGAAUCACUUCUUGCAAGAUCUUCGGUCUCUCAAUCUGAGUCUGCAAACCUGCUCCUUCCUACCGGCUCACACAGUUGCCUCUCUUGGUAUCGCCUUAGGUAUCUCCCACAAUUCACUUCCGACGACUGAUAUACUCACCUGUCCGCUAUCAUAUCUCCCUUUCACAGUCAUCGCACAUCCCUCCCCUAACCGUCCAUACACCCCUACACGACUAUGCCCUACUUUUCUCCCGCCGAUCCCUCCCCCUCCUCGUCGUCUACGACCGCCACGACUGCCACGACCAGCCAUGCCCGCUCAGGACACCGCCGCACCCGCUCAUCCUUCAGCGAUGAACGUGGCCCCGGCGCGUUCGCGCCUAUGGGCAACCUACCACGCCGCCGUUCCACCAACGAGCACAACAAAAAGGCCGUCUUUCAUCUCAACGUUGACGAGGACUCACCACCAGACGAUGACCACUCUCCGUCCUCGUCGCCACCCAAACCACCGCACAUCAGCCUUCCAGCUGUGAAUUCCCUUCGUCUGUCAAUGGAGUCUGGUCGUUUCUCGCCGACGGUCAACCCUCCCGCACACAUAGAGAUCCCCAAAACUGGUGCCACCUUCAGCACAACCUCACCUAACGAGCCGCUUUCGAACGUGCCAUUCCCGACUUCGUCGCCGAUAUCGCCGACGGAUAGGAAAUCGCCGUUCAUUUCCGACCGCUCACCCUCGGGCUCUUCGACCUCGACCUCGUCAAUACCACGCACACCGAGCACACCGAUCAUCCUUUCGAACGGCAGGCCUCUCAAGCCCUCACUCAAGUCGAGUUCGUCCUCGCCAAACGUCGCCGGUGACUUUGCAGACGGCAUGCGCAGACAUUUUCGCGUGCAGAGCGCACCGAGCACUCCCCGCGUACACUUCGCGGAAGAAGGCGCGGGGCUGGAGAUGGUGAAGGUGUUCAGCAGGUCGGGCAAGCCGGCAAGCUUGAGCAAGCCUGCGGGCGAGGAGACUGAGACUGAGACCGAGGCUGAGUACCCGUUCCCCUCUCUAUUCCCUACCUCGUCAUUCGGAGGCUCCUUCAUGUCUUCGGGAUCGCCGAGUCCAGGGACGUCCUCUCCCAGUCAGUUGAUCCACGAAUUAGACACAACACCAGGCGUUACCUCACCUAUUCCGACUGCGAACCCUAGCCCUCAUGCAAACAUCCACCUCGAAACCGUCACUCUCCCGAAAACGCGGCCGCCAACGCUGCGCGGUACCGUGCUUGUGCGCAACAUACACUUUGAGAAGAACGUUGUUGUGCGCUUUACGCUCGACGAUUGGCAAACGACGAGCGAGGUGGUGUGUAAACACGUUGUGAGCCUGCCUGGUCUGCCGCCGCCGUUCCCCCGCCCGCAUACGAUUGGAGACUACGCUGGGCAGAUCGCAGAGGGCCGGGCGGAGGAGUCUGCCAGUUGCCAGUGGGACCGUUUCUCGUGCGUGCUACUUUCGUGCCACCUGCCAAACGCGGUACUGAUGGUUACUCGAUUUAGGUUCACGAUACGGCUGGAAGACUACGAACCGAAGCUGAGCGAGCGGACGCUGUUCCUCGUGGCCCGCUUCGUCGCUUGUAGCGGGCACAUGGGUGAGUUCUGGGAUAACAACGACGGCCAGAAUUACCGGAUAGGGUUCAAGAAGGCCUCCGCGCCCACCAACAGCCCACUCUCGACCCCGCGGGCUCCGCCGAUCCAGGUCUCCGCGUCCUUCCCUCCGUCGUUCAGCCGCGAAAAGAAGGCAGCCAGCUUCUCGGCCGUCCCACACGUGUCGACGUUCGGCCCGACGAGGCACGUCGCCCACAAGCAACAACCAACGUUCAAUGCCCCAUCGUCGAUGCGCUUCACUCCGACAACGACACAGUCAGGCUCGCCCGCCCCCGUAGUGUUGAGCAAGAUUGCAGUAUCAAACGGCAAGGUUGUCACCAGCACCGGAGACGAUGACGUCGGCGAGGGCGAGGAGGACGUGGACGAGAAGGAUGAGGCUGAAGGCGAGGAGAAGCAGGAAAACGUCGUUGUGCCUGUCGUCCCACCUGUGCCUGUUUCCACCACGCCCUCCCCACCAUCUCCGCUCGCACAAGACAAGACGCCGGUCGAGCGCGAGGUCGAGGAGUCCGCGUCGUCCACCAAGUCCCCCGCCGAUGUCAGCUUCAGCGAUCGUGCGCCGCUCAUUCGUCGCCAUUCCGCAAUAGACCAUACUCCAAGGUUCCCUCUCCCCGGGCCUAUCGUCGUCCCGAAGUACGGCCAACACUCAAGAGGGCCCCCGAGCGACGGCUCAAAGCCGACGUCGCCCGUAGAGGCGUACAUCUCGAAGAGGCUGACGCUCCGCAACUACGUCGCACCGGGAUCGACGCCGUCGAGUACUAUGCCAUCGCCAGAGUUGCCGCGGGCGAGCUUGCCUGAGGCAAGGGCGGAGCGCAGUUCGUCGGCUUCGCCCAACGGAAUCGUCACGCCGCCCACGACGCCGCCUCGCGAGACACACCUCAAAGGUUUGCCUGACGUCGCUGCGACUGAGGCUGAUGAGGAGAAGGAGGACGCGCAAGCGAUGUUGUCGCCGCUCGUUAUGACCGGUACGUGCUCUUUUAAUAGUGAAAUAGGGGCAAGAACAGGUUGCUCACCGCGUGUAUGCAUGCAGCCACCUCGCACCCUGAUGCCAGCCCCUUCUCGCCCACCUCAGGCUCCGACAUUAAACCCUGGGCCGUAAGCAGUCUUGAUGCUGCGCUGAAGCAGCUCGUGAGCCCGCCUGUCUCGAGACAGGGUAGCCGCGAUGGCAGUGCGGAGAACAGUAUUGCUGCGAGUCCUGUGGGAGGCAGCGGCAGGAGUUCGCCCAAGCCUGAAGCGUCAGCGUCGUCUGGCAAUGGGUACGCACCUGGGAGUUCGGCAGUUGAGACGUCACCGCACUCCGAUACAUCCUCCUCGGCCUCGCCCCUGCCAUCCGCCGCCGUUUCGAGCCACGUCAACCUCCCGCAGUCCUCUGCGAACGGCACCAAGGUCGGCACGGACGAUUCGAGCUACGCCGCCUUCGUCAAACAAUGGUGCUUCGCGCAGUCGACUCCGCCAGCAAGCGGGGUCGCUUCUCCCUCGCUUCUGAGCUCUGCCACGACCCCGGCUCCGACCCCGCCGCCCGUCUCCAACAACGUCGGCAUGGGCUUUAUGGGCUUCUCGCCCUUUGGCGGUCUCGGCAAUGGGGUCGGCGCCCGUCGCCAACAGGCGUGGCCUGCCGAGCACCAGGUCGGCAUCGGCAGUAGCAUGGGUAUCGGUGCCGGCUAUGGGUUCCCCGGAAUCUCGUACGGCUCGCACCCGAGCUCGCACGACGGCCCCAGUAUGAGUGUCGUUGGUGGUGAGUUGGUUUUCUAGCUCCGACCUCUGCUGCGUUCGUUUGUGAGCGUGGUGUGUGGUGCCUGGGAUUGGCACGCGAAGGGGGCGUGGGUGCAACAGGGCUGUUGCGCAUUGAGAUGAGUUUAGAGUUGAGGAUCUACGUUGGAUGAAAAUAGGUUGAGCACUCGGAGAUUUUAGAGACAGGAUGUCUCGUACGCUCUUUCGUACUCACUUCACUUCCCGGAAAAAUUCUGGAUUGUCUUCGCAUUUGCUGUGGUAGAUGAGAGAGUGAAUCGAUGCUGAUUAUGUCAACUUACAGCCCAGCAGUGAGGAUCCAUACGAAUCCCUGUGAAUGGUGGCCCGUUCAACGUCGAGUUCGAAUGCACAUAGAGGGGCAUGUCUCCCCGUAGUCUCAUCCUGCAGCCUUGAUUAUCAGCCUUGCCUCCCUUCCCUGUCCUUAUAGUAUUCCCCCCCGUCCGCCUAGAAACCCACACACCCACGGCUAUCCCGCACCUGCCUUCGCAGCAACGCAAAUUACGACACCUAUGAAAGUCCCCAUCACCCACAUCUCGCGCUUCUGUCGACGAGCCAUUCACCCACAUACGACUUGCCCGUUUCCGCCACGAAAAUGACAGACGGAAGGACCGUUGUACGUGUAAUCGUGAGACGCGCGCGAGAUCCGGUGCAGAGGACUGUCAGCUGACGGCGCACACGACCCACGGACCGCUACGUUUCGGCCUUUGGCUCGGUACGCGCCCCGAGCGACCUGCCCCAUGCGAGCACGCUUGACCGCUUUUGAGCCGAAUUUCCUAGAUUUGGGAAGGCCGAGAUUACGUACAAGCUCGGAUCGCCUGCCCGAGUCGAGGAGGAGACGGUGGGAGGGUAUAGAAGGCGCGCGUUGUCCUUGGACGUCUGCUUGCCCCCUCCCCUCCCUCCAAACGUCGUGGUGGUCGUGGUCGUACAGCAACAGCUGGUCUGCGC